CGACUUGACUCCCAUUCCAAUUUCCGAGGGCCGCUUACUCCUGUGCUCUCAAACAAUCUCCUGGUCUUUCUCAGAUCAAAUUUGUGUAUCAGAAGCGCAAGGACGGAACACGUAUCCCACCAGAGCUCGCAUUAGCGCCUUAUUCGAGUGCUAGAAUCCAUCUUUCUCUCCUCGAUUUUCAGCUUUCGAGUCGGAGGAAGCAAGAAAGCCAGCCCGUCCCGUCGUCUUUCGGAGCUUCCUCAAGAUAAGACUUCAGAAGAAGUUAACUUAUCAUCCGCAUUGCUCUCGCUCCCAGCCUGAAGGAACCUGCAUUUUGUCGCUGCCGGUUUCCACUUUCGCCAAGGACCGAGUCCUGCGCCUCUGCAUCGCGGUUUUCGCCCGCUGCUAUUUCGCGAGUCCCACCAACGCUUUCGCCGCUGCCAGCGGUGCUGCACUCCGUCUGUGUCUUACGCCUUCUCCGGCGCAUAGCCUACAUCCAGCCCUUUAUAGCGUGGGAGCGCGAAGCCCCAGACCUCUAAACGCGGCGACAUCUAAGGCUUUAAUCCUCGUUAUAAGGACGGGCUCGAACAUGGUUAUGGUCUUGCGACGCCUCACCGGGGAAAGCGCCGAGGGCGACGCAUCGAGUGGAACUGAGUCGUCGCCGCAGCUCCUUUCGCCAGUCGCCAUGAUGGUUACCAUCAUGGGCGAUGCUGCCAGCGACGCGGUCGCUCUUCGCGAACGCGACGAAGUCCGUCGGUCGGCGUUCACCAAUCGUGCCAAUAACGGGACCGCUGAUACGGUGGACGCGUCUAGUCCGAGCGCGCUGGUUAUCGAGAAGCAUGCACCGUCCGAUUCCGUGGCCGAUGCUUCUGAAGCGCCCGUGGCCGUUGGAUCUCGUUCUGGCACCAAGCGGCCGCAUGCAUCCGCGUUUGAAGGCGCUUCGGAACACGAGAAGGCAGAGAAAUUUGUAGCCGACAAGGGAGCGCAUAUUUUUUAUUCUCCGCGUCGGCGAGCAUGCAGCGUCGUAACAACUAUUGACGGUGUCGAUUCGUCUCCGUCACAAGCAGACUUCCGUCGGUGCGAUCGCGCGUCAUCCUCGGUGGAAGCAGAACUCGUUCACCGUUUGGAGCCGCUCUCAUCUGCCGGGUUCUCUACACCAAAUCCCCGUUCCGUUAAUUCACUCGCUGUGACAUCCGAAAAUUCUGUGGAGCUUUCUACACCCCAAGGAGAGGGUUCCCGGAUUCCUCCCCCAAUACAGUGUCCUGGAACACCCGUAAAAGCGUCAUUUACCACAUUCAUUUCACGUCUUGGGGGCAUCAACGGCGGCAAUAUCACUGCGACAACCACGACCCGGUGUGACAAUGUGGAGCGUGAAACAAGCGAGAGGACAGUGCUGGACAGUUCCGAGGCUCAAGAUGCCGAACCUGAAGCUUGCGUCAGAUCUGGAGCCGAUUCCAAUAUUCCGCUUGCAUCCCCAGCAAGAGCGACAUUAGAGGAUUUCAGAAUGCCGUCCGCUCAAGCUCCUCGCCGCCCUUCUGGCAAUCUAAGGAGGCUCUUCCGCCCACUUGACUUCGGUUCUGCAGGCAUCAGAUGCUGACUGGCUGCUGACAUGGCCUGUCCGCUGAUGUGGCGAUUCUGACACCAUUGACACUCACUAACGGAAUGCUGGAUUGUGAUGUGCUUGCACCAAUGGUGGUGAAGUGCAGCCUCCACCAGAGGCAACCUGCACCAGAUGGUUGUGAGAUGCAACCUGCACCAUGGUGGUGAAAUGACUGUCUGCCUGCUGAUCUGCUGAGAGGUCACCGCAUUGUGAUCUCCUGGUGCGACAGCCUCUGCUGAUUUGACCAAGAUAAAUAAUCUGCCUAGAAGCUCUCCUGAUUGGAAGCGGACAGUACUCUUGUGUUUUGUGGAGGGUUGUGCAGGCCUCUCGCGGGUGCGUAGCAGAUAUUGGGUUUGGGUUGGGUGGUGGUAGGGUCUCUGUUGCUUGAUGCAACAUGCAUCAAUGCUGUUGCGAAUUUGAUUGUAAUUAGUGUUGUGGUAAAUGAA